CCGAGAAGCGCUUGUGGCGUCGCGCUAUUUCCGGUGGCGGGAAGACUGGUUGUCAAGACGAAGCGCGACUCAAGGCUGCGGACAAUCUGUCGCCAUCCUCGGGACACCGGCGCCAUCGGUCCAAUCCGGCUGGGUCGGCGCUGACAGGAAACGAUGUCGUCUGAUAGUCGCCCGAAUCACACCAUCUACAUCAACAACCUGAACGAGAAGAUCAAGAAGGAUGAGCUGAAGAAGUCUCUCUACGCCAUCUUCUCCCAGUUUGGCCAGAUUCUGGACAUCCUGGUGUCCAGGAACCUGAAGAUGCGGGGACAGGCCUUUGUCAUCUUCAAAGAAGUCAACAGCGCCACCAACGCCCUGCGCUCCAUGCAGGGCUUCCCCUUUUACGACAAACCCAUGAGGAUCCAGUAUGCCAAGGGAGAUUCCGACAUCAUCGCCAAGAUGAAGGGGACGUACGUGGAGCGGGAUCGCAAGAAGGAGAAGAGGAAGGUGAAGGUUCCAGAAGUUACCGUCAACAAGAAGGUCCCUGGAGUGGGCCAGACGGCAAAUGCCAUCCAGAACCAGGGCAUGCCACCCAUGAACCAGGCUCCCCGCAUGAUGCCAAUGCCAGGACAGCCACCCUACAUGCCCCCGCCUGGGAUGAUGCCUCCUCCAGGGAUGGGACCCGGGCAGAUGCCCCCAGGUGGUCUUGGCCCUGGACAGAUGAUGCCGGGGCAGAUGGGACCUCCUGCACAGACGGUGCCUGAGAAUCCACCAAAUCACAUCCUGUUCUUAACCAACCUGCCUGAGGAGACCAAUGAGUUGAUGCUGUCCAUGCUCUUCAACCAGUUCCCGGGAUUCAAGGAAGUGCGGUUGGUCCCUGGCCGGCAUGACAUCGCCUUUGUGGAGUUUGACAACGAGGUGCAGGCGGGCGCUGCGCGAGACGCACUGCAAGGGUUUAAGAUCACGCAGUCCAACGCCAUGAAGAUCUCCUUCGCUAAGAAAUAAAGCCCCUUCUCGCCCGAUCGCUGGUUUGUUCACAGCAAUGUUUGGAGUGGGCUCUUCCUACACCCCCUCCUCCCAACCCAAUCCGUGUGUUUUAGUCCCGAUUCAAUGGCUCGUUCGUUCGUUCAUUCGUUGCCUCUCGAGGUUCUGACGCUCCAGGUAAGUGUCAGGUGAGGAGACCUGUGUUCAAGUUUGUGUCUCCCUGUUGCCUACCUCCCUCUCCCCACCAGAUGAACUGCUAACCCCCACACUGUGUGUGACCAUCUCCUUGGAUUCCGUCAUCAAGUUACUCGCUCUAGACUUCAGGAAUACAAACAAGCGAGAGGACCUGGGUUCGACUCCCAAGCGGGUCAGGUCAGGGCGAAACCUUAGGCAAGUUUCCUUAUUCCACACACACACACACACACACACAGACGCCUCUGUUUACCAAGUCAGUAGGAACCCGUUUGUUAGUCGAUUGGGGGAUCGCUUUCCGGGGGUAAUAAUCCCUUCACAAUAAUAAUAAUAAUUUGGUCACACUCACUCCACUUUACACUGUAAAGCGCUUUGAGCCUUCUCGACAACUUGAUAAGAUGCUGUACCUAAUGUAAGGAUUAUCAUUAUUAAAACUGACUCUGAGGCUAAGAGUAGGAGGAAUUUUUGACCUCAGGGUAUAUUUUCUCAACCCCACUCCUUACCCCAGGGGGAGGGGAGGUGAAUCGUCUCACCUGCCCAGUCCCCUGGCUCCCGAGUACACCCAUGAGUUGGGAGCAGAGGAUUCACGUGUCUGACUGGAUUUGGGGAACAGUGAAAGCUCAUGGCUGUAUUUUUGCUUGAGUUUGUUUGUGUUUUGAGUGAUUGAGUUGUGUCUGAUGUGAAUGGCUGACUUGUUGAGUUUGGUUUUUAUAUAUCGGGGAUAAAUCUGAUCAGAAAGCAACGCACCCAGCGUCUCUCCGACAUUGCACCUGGAGCUUUCCAACUUUGUAUCUGAGAAUAAAAUGUUUUUGUAA